AUGUGCCGCACAGGCACAGCCGCUUAUCUCUUGUCAAUUGCCCCGACACUGCCGCCGAAUGAGCGACUGCUGACUGUGAAGUGCAUCAAAAACCUAACCACAGAGGCCACAGCACUGGACAUUCUCGAAAGCUCUGACGUAGUGCAGUCGCUUAUUCAAAUGCUGUCCCUCAGUAGCGAACGCCCUGUCACCGCCUCGAGUAAGGAGCGGGAUAUAUACAAUAACGUACUGAGCGCGCUCUACAACCUGUGCAAGGUCAACAAAAGACGCCAGGAAUUGGCCGCAGCAUCUGGGAUCAUUCCUAUUCUGAAACAGGUGAUCGAAGAGAACAAUCCGGUCAAACAAUUGGCCCUCCCAAUCAUCUGUGACAUUGGCAUGUGCUCCAGAAAGACGCGUUUGGAGUUGUACAAAAACGAUGGGAUCAAUUUGUUCAACAAACUGCUGCAAGACCCCAACUUCCAGGCCACGGCAAUGGACGUGCUAUCUACCUGGCUGGCCGAUGCGCCCGCCCAAGUAGAGCCCAUACUCAGUCAGACGGCACAGCUAGACACCAUGAUUAACGCCUUUGCGCGUGCGAAGAGUCCGUACUUUGAUCUGAUGUUAGAGCCACUGCAUCGCACCGUUGAAGCGUCUCAGCGUAUCAAUACAUUGCUGGCCGAGGGCCGUAUGGUUAGAAUCAUCCUGCGACGAUUGAAUACAUACUCGGCAAGACCAAACGUACUGCUGGCGCUGCUGAAGAUUAUCCACUCACUAUUUGACGCCUCGACAGACGCACACCGAUUCGUUACCUCCAAUGGCAUCGUUGAGGCGGUGCAGCCCUUCACACAGAACGCGUCUGUCAUGGUAGGCGAAGUGACGCGCCAACUACUACAUAAAGCAGAGAUGUCAAUUCAAUCGCCACCAACACGCUCCAGACACGACCAUAUGAAUGCGCAGGCGACAGUGAAACCGACGCAGCACUUUCAUACAUCACCGUACAACAGUAAUAAGUCACGUAUAGCAGCAGCAAAUCGACCUACAAAAGGGGGGGAUGGUGAUGCGUGA